GAACAGCUGUGUUUGUUGUUAUCAGCAAUUGUAUUAAAAGUAAUUGCGUGUAGCAUAUAUAUAUUGGACAGAAUGGUUGGUUGAUACAUAAGCGGUACAAUUGCAGGCAUUUUCACCCACAACGAAAUCACACGUGCCUACAACUUAACGGCCUCGUGGCAGUGUCACAGUAUUUUCAGUUAAGCAUAAUCUAAUUAGUGUGCAACAAAAUGUCCACGACAGCGAUUGGCAUAAAUGCAGCUAUAGCUGUCGGCGCGUACUUUAUGACUGUGCGCAUGAUACCUCGCCUGCGAGAUAUGUUCAUCAAGGCUAAUCUUGCGGGCAGAGAUUUAUGCAAAAAGGAUAAGCCGCAGAUUCCGGAGUCCUAUGGCGUGCUUAUUGGCUGCGUUUUUCUUAUAUCUAUGUUUCUGUUUAUACCCAUACCGUUUGCAUUUGACGAAGCCGCUGCUACGGAUGCCUUAACUGGCGGCAAACCAGCAACAUUUCCACACGAUAAGUUUGUGGAAUUGAUUGCUGCAUUGCUUUCUAUAUGCUGCAUGAUAUUUCUGGGCUUUGCCGAUGAUGUCUUGGAUCUGCGCUGGCGCCACAAGCUGCUGCUCCCAACCAUAGCAACGUUACCGUUGUUAAUGGUGUAUUAUGUAAACUAUAACUCCACUACAGUUAUGAUGCCCAACUUUGCACGUGGAGUGUUUGGCACAUCAGUGAACAUAGGUGUACUAUAUUAUAUAUUCAUGGGCAAGUUGGCUGUGUUUUGCACCAAUGCUAUAAACAUACUCGCUGGCAUUAAUGGCUUGGAGGUGGGCCAGUCACUCAUUAUAGCUGCCUCUGUGACUGUGUUUAACUUCAUCGAACUGGCUCUGGGUCAUCAGGUGGAAUCCCAUCAGUUCUCACUGCAUUUUAUGCUGCCAUUUUUGGCUACGUCGUUAGCGCUAUGGAAAUUCAACAGAUAUCCUUCGCAAGUGUUUGUGGGCGAUACCUAUUGCUAUUUUGCCGGCAUGACAUUUGCAGUGGUGGGCAUUCUUGGACACUUUAGCAAAACGCUGCUGCUCUUCUUUCUGCCACAGAUUUUGAACUUUUUAUACUCCACGCCGCAGCUUUUCCACUUUGUGCCUUGUCCACGACAUCGUUUGCCUAAAUAUGAUGCCAAAACAGAUUUGCUGCAUAUAAGCACUACGGAGUUUCGCCUGAAUGAACUGGGCAAGCUGGGUCGUCUAAUGGUAACGCUGCUGCGCUCCAUGCGACUUAUUAGCUGGCAAGAACUGGAGGAUGGACGUGUGAUAACCAAUAAUUUUACGCUAAUUAACUUUGUGCUGUUUAUAUUUGGACCUGUGCACGAGCGUGUGAUUACACAAAUGCUGAUGGGAUUUCAGAUAAUAUGCACGCUCCUGGCGCUGUUUAUACGUUAUCCUUUGGCCAACUAUUUCUAUGCAACGGAAACGUAAUCGAUGACAUGCAAUUGCGAUAAAC